GUUUUUCAAGUGCUCGUCCACUCUGAUAGAAAAAUGAAGCUAUCUCAUCAUCGACCGUUCGUUCUCAUGAUAGGGUUCACGAUUUUCGGGAGCGUGCUAGCGGAGCCUCGACCGGUGAAAGGGGACGACCUAUCGACGCUGAGCGAGACGAAGGACAAACGGGAGAUCUCGGUGGAGGCGGAGGUGGGAGAGCGGUUGCGGCGGAGCGACGACUUCUUCCUGAAGGCGUCCAAGUCGGUGCCGCGGAUCGGGCGCGGGCGCCGCGGCGACGACUUCUUCAUCAAGGCCUCGAAGAACGUCCCGCGGGUCGGGCGGCGCAACACCGAGUUCCUCAAGGCCUCCAAGGCCAUCCCCAGGAUCGGCAAGAAGAACAGCGACCCCUUCCUCAUCGGCGUCAAGUCCGUCCCCCGCAUCGGCCGCUCCGGCGAGACCGACGAGCAGUCGCCCGUACACAAGAGGGAGGAUACCUUCCUCGCUGUGAAUGACGGUGGAUUGUGGGGAGUUUGGCCUUGGUUCAGGAACCAAGAUUUCCCAGGGAUUGCGCCCUCCAAACGAAGCAGCUACAUUCUUUCAUCUUACAACGACUCACCUUUGCGGGAUAAGCAAACAGCAUGGAGUCCAGUGGAUACCAUCGCCCAGGAGGUAGAGUUGGGGCCCCCAAUUUACUUGGAGGAACAAGUCUAGAAACGCGCAAUCAAGUUUUGGAUUCUGCAUCAACCUGACCCAGGAUUAGACCCAAAGCUCUAAAUGAAUGGCAAUCUGGAAAGUCUAUUCAUAUUUGUUCCUUCAGUCGUCAAGCACCUCUACAAUAUUUCAGGCGUACAAGUUCAUUAGGCAAGACGUUCUCUGCAUGAAUUGAUUAAGAUUUUAAAAAAUAUACUGUAUAAAUCAGACUCCGUAAAAACUUUGAAUAAAUAUUUUAAUGUUCUUACA